GCGGUGGGGAAGCGCUCAGCCAGCCCUGCAGGGCGAACAGUCCAGCCUGGCUUCACCAGAGCUCAAGCGUUGCAGCAGGGAAACUUCCAUCUCGUGCUCCUGGCUUUGAUCCUCACUGUACAUCAGACCAGAGGCGCCAAAGGGAGGGAGGAUGCGAGAUGACCGGCACUUUGGCAACCCGACCAUCUCCUUAGCAGAACCUUCGAAAGCCAGCCGGGGGCUGCCUGCACGACCAAGGAGGAGCUUCUCGGGGAUGUGUGUGUGAGUGAGUGAGCAAGUGUGUAUGCGUGUGUGAGUGAGGGUGUGUGUGUGUGUACACUGUGACCGUAUGUAUACUCUCUGGAUGAGUGUGAGAGUGCAUGCGUGAGUGUGGUUGUGUGCAAGUGUGUGAGUGCUCUGGGUGGUUAUUUUUCUGGAAGAAAAAUCUUGAAAAUCCAGGGCAGGUUGCUGUGUUAAAACGGUGGUUCUCUGUUUGCAAGAGGAGCUGACCAAAGCAAGCCAUUUUUCGAGUGAAAGAGAAUUUUCCUCCCAGAAGGAGAAAGAUUUUCUUUUUCCUCCACUCUGCAGUCAAGUCAAAGAGAUUAGCCCUUUAAACCUGUGAAAUCGACCAGAGCCGUGUGAUUACCAGGGCUUGAGAGAGGACUGGGGAAGAAAAGGUGAAAUAAAUCAAACAGCUUGCCAGUCUCUUUGGCCACGGAAGAUGUCAUCUCAAACUAAGUUCAAGAAAGACAAAGAGAUCAUUGCCGAAUAUGAAGCCCAAAUAAAAGAGAUCCGCACCCAGCUGGUGGAGCAGUUCAAAUGCCUGGAGCAACAAUCCGAGUCAAGGCUGCAGCUGCUGCAGGAUCUUCAGGAGUUUUUCCGACGGAAAGCUGAGAUUGAGCUCGAGUACUCCCGCAGCCUGGAGAAGCUGGCUGAGCGCUUCUCCUCCAAAAUCCGCAGUUCCCGGGAGCACCAGUUCAAGAAGGAUCAGUACCUCCUCUCCCCUGUGAACUGUUGGUAUUUGGUGCUGCAUCAAACCAGGCGGGAAAGCCGAGACCACGCCACCCUCAAUGACAUCUUCAUGAAUAAUGUCAUCGUGCGCCUCUCCCAGAUCAGUGAGGAUGUCCUCAGGCUCUUCAAAAAGAGCAAGGAGAUUGGCUUGCAGAUGCAUGAGGAGCUACUGAAGGUCACCAAUGAACUCUACACAGUCAUGAAGACCUACCACAUGUACCAUGCAGAGAGCAUCAGUGCAGAAAGCAAGCUGAAAGAGGCUGAGAAGCAGGAGGAGAAGCAGUUCAACAAGUCGGGAGACCUCAGCAUGAACCUGCUGCGGCACGAGGACCGGCCCCAGCGCCGUAGCUCCGUGAAGAAGAUUGAAAAGAUGAAGGAGAAGAGGCAGGCAAAGUAUUCUGAGAACAAGCUGAAAUGCACAAAGGCCCGGAAUGACUACUUACUGAAUCUGGCAGCCAGCAAUGCAGCUAUAAGCAAAUACUACAUCCACGAUGUCUCGGAUCUCAUUGAUUGUUGUGACUUGGGCUUUCAUGCCAGCCUGGCCCGCACCUUCCGGACCUACCUCUCAGCCGAAUACAACCUGGAGACCUCGCGCCACGAGGGCCUGGAUGUCAUUGAGAACGCGGUGGAUAACCUGGAUUCCAGAAGUGACAAACACACAGUCAUGGACAUGUGCAACCAGGUCUUCUGCCCACCACUCAAAUUCGAGUUCCAGCCCCACAUGGGGGAUGAGGUGUGCCAAGUCAGCGCUCAGCAGCCUGUCCAGACAGAAUUACUCAUGCGGUACCACCAGCUGCAGUCCAGACUGGCGACACUCAAGAUAGAGAAUGAGGAGGUCAGGAAAACUCUGGACGCCACCAUGCAGACCUUACAAGACAUGCUGACGGUGGAGGAUUUUGAUGUCUCUGAUGCCUUCCAACACAGUCGCUCCACAGAGUCCAUAAAGUCUGCUGCCUCAGAGACCUACAUGAGCAAGAUCAACAUUGCCAAAAGGAGAGCCAACCAACAGGAAACAGAGAUGUUUUAUUUUACAAAGUUCAAAGAAUACGUGAAUGGAAGUAACCUCAUCACUAAGCUGCAAGCCAAGCAUGACCUACUCAAACAGACCCUGGGUGAAGGGGAAAGAGCAGAAUGUGGCACCACCAGGCCCCCCUGCCUUCCCCCUAAACCACAGAAAAUGAGGAGACCUAGGCCUCUCUCAGUGUAUAGCCAUAAACUCUUUAACGGCAGUAUGGAAGCGUUCAUUAAGGACUCAGGACAAGCUAUCCCACUUGUAGUUGAGAGUUGCAUUCGAUACAUCAAUUUAUAUGGACUUCAGCAGCAGGGGAUCUUCAGAGUCCCAGGAUCUCAGGUGGAAGUCAAUGACAUCAAAAAUUCCUUUGAGAGAGGCGAAGACCCCCUUGUAGACGAUCAGAAUGAACGAGACAUCAAUUCAGUCGCUGGCGUUUUAAAACUGUAUUUCCGAGGACUGGAAAACCCACUCUUUCCUAAGGAAAGGUUUCAAGAUUUGAUAUCUACCAUUAAACUGGAGACCCCAGCUGAGAGGGUGCACCAGAUCCAACAAAUCCUCAUCACCCUGCCCCGUGUGGUCAUCGUGGUCAUGAGAUACCUCUUCGCUUUCCUCAACCACCUCUCCCAGUAUAGUGAUGAGAACAUGAUGGAUCCCUACAACCUGGCCAUCUGCUUCGGGCCCACCCUCAUGCACAUCCCUGAUGGACAGGACCCUGUGUCCUGCCAGGCACACGUCAACGAAGUCAUCAAAACCAUCAUCAUCCAUCAUGAAGCCAUCUUCCCCAGCCCCCGGGAGCUAGAGGGGCCCGUGUAUGAAAAAUGCAUGGCUGGAGGGGAAGAAUAUUGUGACAGCCCACACAGCGAACCAGGGACCAUCGAUGAAGUUGACCAUGACAAUGGCACUGAGCCUCACACCAGCGAUGAAGAAGUGGAGCAGAUCGAGGCCAUUGCCAAGUUUGACUACGUGGGGCGUUCCCCCCGUGAGCUGUCCUUCAAGAAGGGGGCCUCACUGCUACUGUACCACCGUGCCUCAGAGGACUGGUGGGAGGGCCGACACAACGGCGUAGACGGACUCAUCCCACAUCAGUAUAUAGUUGUACAGGACAUGGAUGAUGCCUUCUCAGACAGCCUGAGCCAGAAGGCUGACAGCGAGGCCAGCAGUGGGCCACUGCUAGAUGACAAAGCCUCCUCCAAAAACGACCUCCAGUCCCCCACAGAGCACAUCACGGACUACGGCUUUGGGGGGGUGAUGGGCCGAGUGCGAUUGCGAUCUGACGGAGCGGCCAUCCCCAGGCGCCGAAGCGGGGGCGACACACACAGCCCGCCCCGCGGCCUGGGCCCCAGCAUAGACACGCCGCCCCGGGCCGCCGCCUGCCCCAGCAGUCCCCACAAAGUCCCCCUCAGCCGGGGGCGAAUCGAGAGCCCCGAGAAGCGGCGGAUGGCGACGUUCGGGAGCGCGGGCAGCAUCAACUACCCAGACAAGAAGGCGCUCUCCGAGGGGCACUCAAUGAGGUCCACGUGCGGCUCCACCAGGCACAGCAGCCUGGGGGACCACAAGUCCCUGGAGGCUGAGGCCCUGGCAGAAGACAUCGAGAAGACCAUGAACACGGCUCUGCACGAGUUGCGGGAACUUGAGAGGCAGAAUACAGCCAAGCAGGCACCAGAUGUGGUGCUGGACACCCUGGAACCUCUGAAGAACCCGCCAGGCCCUAUCAGCUCGGAGCCUGCCAGUCCCCUUCACACCAUCGUCAUCCGCGACCCCGAUGCCGCCAUGCGCCGCAGUAGCAGCUCCUCCACCGAAAUGAUGACCACCUUCAAGCCUGCUCUGUCGGCCCGCCUGGCCGGCGCCCAGCUGCGCCCACCCCCGAUGCGGCCCGUACGGCCCGUGGUCCAGCACCGGUCCAGCAGCAGCAGCAGCUCGGGCAUGGGCAGCCCAGCUGUGACACCCACUGAGAAAAUGUUCCCCAACAGCUCAGCAGACAAGUCGGGCACCAUGUGACCUGCAGGAGGGGGCCGGCACUGCGGCGGCCCGCUGUGGCGCGCCAUGGCCUAGGGUGGCCUCUGCCGCCCUCCACUUCCUCCCCAAGGGUGCUGGCCUUCUGGGGAAUGACCAGAAGGCCAGGUUGGGCGGCUUCGUCUGAGCAGAGCUGAGGCUGAAGGCAUUGGCUGCAGCUCAUGUUCAGCUGUGUGACUCCAACAGCCACCUAGAGGAGUCCAAGAGCAGGAAGAGCCCCAACUAGAGCAUUUCGUAAGAGUGUAGCAAAAUGUUAAAUGACUUCUUCCACAUAUCGUCACUGGAAAAAUGAUUCCCUCUACAUACAUAUAUAUG